CGCUUCCUCCCUCCCGCGAGAGAGACGAGUCAAAACCAAAAGCCGCACCCAAACGCUCCACCUCCACCUCCACUCCCUCCCAUGACGGCUCGGCUCCUCUCCAAAAACCACCGCCUCUUCCUCCUCCUCCUCUCACUCCUCCCGCAGCCAUCGUAGACCGCAGGCGGGUGGCGGCGCACGAGACCCGAUCCUGGAGCCUGGGCGGCGCUGGGGGUGAGUCGAGGCGAUCGCAGCGAUGGAGGGCGCGUGGAGGAAGGUCAGGAGGGCGCUGGGCCUCCGCCUCUGUGUGCGCACCCCCGCGGCGGGCGGCGAGCUGCGGGCGCCGUCGCCCGCCGGUGGUUGUCGAGGGGAUGCGGCGGUGACGGUGGCGGCGGCGGGCGAGUCGGGGCCGGCCACGCAGGCGGGCGCGCUCCGGCGGUCCAAGUCUGGGGGCAGGUCCUCCUCGUCUUCCAAGCAGGGAAAAUGUGCAAUAUGCUUUGCUACCAUGAGAUCUGGCCGCGGUCAAGCCUUGUUUACUGCAGAAUGUUCUCAUAUGUUCCAUUUUCACUGUAUCUCAUCUAAUGUAAAACAUGGAAACUAUGUCUGCCCGGUUUGUCGAGCGAAGUGGAAAGAGAUACCCUGUCGCUCACUAUCUUCUAACAGCCCUCAUGGAAGAAUUGGAAUUAACCCAAAUCGAUCUCCCCAACAAGAUUCCCAUAUGGUUCUUCACCGGCAAGAUCCAAACCGUCGGCGAGAUGUCCGUCGCUUACAUACUUCUGAGCCAGCAGACUUCAAUGAUGAUGAACCUUUGCAGCACAAAGAGGGUUUUGACAAUCUUAAUUUUGGAUCUACUAAAACUCCGGAGAUCAGCUCAUACCCAGAAUUCCAAACCGUUCCACAGUCAUCAUCUCUAGAUGGAUUUGAUAUUCUGAUCCAUGCGAAGGCCCCCACUGCUAGCUCAGGCCACAUCACAGGCAGUUUGGUUAAUGAAACCUCUGUGAGAUCGUCAAGCCGAGCUCCUGUUGAUCUUGUUACUGUACUUGAUGUUAGCGGCAGUAUGGCGGGCACAAAGCUAGCACUCCUGAAGCGAGCAAUGGGUUUUGUUGUUCAGCACCUUCGGCCAUCUGAUCGUCUUUCAGUCAUUGCUUUUUCAUCUACCGCCCGAAGACUGUUCCCCCUUCGACGAAUGUCCCAUCAUGGCAGACAGCAGGCCUUGCAGGCAAUUAACUCACUUGGCGCUGGUGGUGGUACGAACAUUGCUGAUGCACUAAAGAAAUCUAUGAAGGUGAUUGAGGACCGUAGUUAUAAGAAUUCAGUAUGCAGUAUCAUUCUUCUGUCAGAUGGCCAAGAUACCUACAGCAUUUCCUCAAAUGUCCAAGGAACCUCAACGGGUCAUAGGUCACUUGUUCCAUUUUCCAUUCUAAAUGAUGAACGCCAUAUGGUACCUCUGUACGCUUUCGGAUUUGGGGCAGACCAUGAUUCAGAUACCUUGCAUUCAAUUGCUGAAGCUUCCGGUGGCACAUUUUCCUUUAUAGAGGAUGAAGGUGUGAUGCAAGAUGCGUUUGCUCAAUGUAUUGGUGGGCUUCUUAGUGUUACUGUUCAGGAGAUGCGCCUUAGCAUGGAAUGUGUUGAUCCUGGUGUUCAACUCUGUUCCAUCAAAUGUGGUAGCUAUCCAUGUAAGGUGGCAAGAGAUGGACGAAACGGAUCAGUUGAUAUUGGCCACUUGUAUGCUGAUGAGGAGAGAGACAUUUUGCUGUCGUUGACCAUUCCAAAAUCUCGUGAACAGACUUCACUGUUAAGAGUUGCUUGUGCCUACAAAGAUCCUGUGACAAAUGAGACUAUCGAGAUUCAAGGUGACGAAGUAAAGAUCAAGAGGACAAUAUCCACUGUAUCUGAACCAGUAUCUAUUGAAGUUGAUCGAGAGAGGAACCGUAUACAAGCUGCCAAUGCUAUUGAGUCUGCACGGGCUGCUGCCGAGAGGGGUGCUCUCGCUGAGGCCGUCACUAUUCUCGAGGAUUGCCGGAGGGUAUUAUCCCAGUCCUUUGCAAGCCAAAGUGGAGACCGUCUGUGCAUGGCCCUUGAUGCAGAGCUAAGGGAGAUGCAGGAGAGGAUGGCAAACCGCCAACUCUACGAGGCAUCAGGGAGGGCCUACAUGCUGUCUGGACUGAGUUCACAUUCUUGGCAGAGAGCGACAGCGCGUGGAGACUCUACAGAUAGCACCACUCUUGUGUACUCCUAUCAAACACCAUCCAUGGUUCAGAUGCUACAGCAUUCCCAGAACCAUUGCCCUUGACCUCAGGGCCAAAUGCCACAAGUCUGUGCAGCGAGGUCAUUCCUGGAGAAGCCUCAGGCAGGGUAAUUCGCCGUUAUCUUGGCAAUGAAGUGCUCUGAUGAUGGCGAAAGUUUCAUCUUAGCUUUCGUAGCCUUAGCAUGAUUGCUGGUACUUAUCACCUAUUGAUUUACUUAGUACCUAUUCUUAUGCUUAUUUGAGUCCUAUUUGAGUAAUUCCAAAGAAAUUGAGGAUACAUUGUGGUUGUGGGGGCUAUACUCCUGGGAUGUGAAGGAAUAACAUUUGGGAAGCAGGUUGGAGAUGCAAAUAGAUUGGUUCCUAAACUUUAUUAAUGAACCGUUCCAAUUUUUUCGAAGCAUAGAAUGAACCGCUUCACUUGAUAAUUGGUGAUGUGCACAAGGGAGCCUCAGGUUGUAAACCGGUGCAUCUAUUCUGGUGUUGACUAUUCUGAUGUAUAUGAUGCGAACA